UAUCACGUGGAGCGCCGAGGCUCAGCCCUCGAAAGAGUAACAACGAGGGAAACGGGCAGGAGAGUGCGGACGGGUAGUCACCUACCGGGGCGACAAGGCGAGACAAUCUCAUCUAUUCAGGUCGCAUAUGACUGAUACAAGGGCAACCAGACACGCUGCGAAUUCCUCCACCGUUCCCUGAUUCGUUUCUUUUUCACCCGGAGCGGACAGACAGGACUCGGACACUAUGGAGGAUGUCUACCAGUACACCCGAAGCCCCGUUUGGGAAGAGUUGGAACCGGAGAAAGGGCCUACAUCCGCGGCUGGAAUCCACGCACAUGUGGUGGGGGCUGCUGCCGGCUCCGGAGCUGCGGACGAGUCCUCGGACAGCGAGGCAGAGCAGGAAGGCCCCCAGAAACUCAUCCGGAAAGUCUCCACCUCCGGCCAGAUCCGGAGCAAGACGAGUAUAAAGGAAGGAUUGUUGCUAAAACAGACCAGCUCCUUCCAGAGGUGGAAAAAGCGCUAUUUCAAACUGAGAGGGCGAACUCUCUACUACGCCAAAGAUGCCAAGUCCCUUAUCUUUGACGAAGUGGACCUGUCAGAUGCCAGUGUUGCAGAGUCCAGCACGAAGAAUGUGAACAACAGCUUCACGGUGAUCACUCCGUUCCGUAGGCUCAUCCUCUGUGCUGAGAACAGGAAAGAGAUGGAGGACUGGAUCAGUUCGCUGAAGUCCGUCCAGUCCCGAGAGCAUUACGAGACGGCACAGUUUAAUGUGGAACAUUUCUCAGGGAUGCACAACUGGUACGCCUGCUCCCAUGCACGCCCCACCUUCUGCAAUGUCUGUAAAGAUAGCUUGUCUGGGGUCACCUCCCACGGCCUCUCCUGCGAAGUGUGCAAAUUCAAAGCCCACAAGCGCUGUGCUGUCCGAGCCACUAAUAACUGUAAAUGGACAACCCUAGCCUCCAUUGGGAAGGAUAUCAUUGAGGAUGAGGAUGGGAUUGCCAUGCCUCACCAGUGGUUGGCGGGCAACCUGCCUGUCAGUGCCAAGUGUGCUGUGUGCGAUAAGACAUGUGGCAGCGUACUGAGACUGCAGGACUGGCGCUGCCUAUGGUGCAAAGCUAUGGUACACAUAGCCUGCAGGGACCUUUACCCUCGCAAGUGUCCUCUGGGCCAGUGCAAAGUCUCCAUCAUUCCCCCUACGGCGCUCAACAGCAUCGACUCAGAUGGCUUCUGGAAGGCCACCUGCCCCCCCUCGUGCGCCAGCCCCCUGCUGGUCUUUGUGAACUCCAAGAGCGGCGACAACCAGGGGGUGAAGUUCUUACGGCGGUUCAAGCAGCUCCUCAACCCGGCCCAAGUCUUCGACCUGGUCAACGGCGGGCCGCACCUCGGUCUGCGCCUGUUUCAGAAGUUUGACAACUUCCGGAUCCUGGUGUGCGGAGGCGACGGCAGUGUGGGCUGGGUCCUCUCAGAGAUCGACAAGCUUAACCUGCACAAACAGUGCCAGCUGGGUGUGCUGCCCUUGGGCACGGGCAACGACCUGGCGCGGGUGCUGGGCUGGGGCCCGUCAUGUGACGACGACACCCAGCUGCCCCAGAUCCUGGAGAAGCUAGAGAGGGCCAGCACCAAGAUGCUGGACCGCUGGAGCAUCAUGACCUACGAGAUCAAGAUCCCACCCAAACACAGCUGCCCUGCCACGCCUGAGGGAGCCGACGACUGCCAGUUUCACAUAGCAGCCUAUGAAGACUCAGUGGCUGCUCACCUCACAAAGAUCCUCAACUCGGACCAGCACUCUGUGGUCAUCUCGUCUGCCAAGAUCCUGUGUGAGACAGUGAAGGAUUUUGUUGCCAAAGUGGGGAAAACCUACGAGAAAAGCACAGAAAACGCUGAGGAGUGCGACUCCAUGUCUCUUAAAUGUGCCAUCCUGAAUGAGAAACUGGACUCUCUGCUCCAAACCCUCAACGCAGAGUGCCAGGCCCUGCCUCCUCUUCCCCACUCCACUCCUCCCAUCGUCGAGGAGGAGCAGGAGGAGGAGGAGGAGGAAGAAGAGGAAGAGGCCAGCGAGGAGAGCCUGACAGAGCUCAAGGAGAAGCUGGAGGUGGAGGAGUCGGAGAAAAGAGGAGGAAGCUCUCCACACCGGCUGUUUAAAGGCAGGGAGCAGCUGAUGCUGAGAGCCAACAGCCUGAAGAAAGCCGUGCGACAGAUCAUCGAGCAGGCAGAGAGAGUGGUGGAUGAGCAGAAUGCCCACACAGACGACACCGAGCUGCCCUCUCCGCUGGAGUUCAGGAAAGACAGCGAGGAAGAGAACAGAGACAGCGAGAAAGACGAGGACACCAAGGAACUGGAGGCGCUGCCGUCUGCUAAGAGUCCCUGUUCUCCGACGGAGAGGAGGGUGAGUCGCAGCACCCAGUCCUGCGGCUCCUUCUCCAUCACCCCCUUCACCACCAGCAAGGAGAACCUCCCAGUACUCAACACACGCAUCAUCUGCCCUGGGUUGCGAGCUGGCUUGGCGGCCUCUAUAGCUGGCAGUUCCAUUAUUAGCAAGAUGCUGCUGGCCAACAUCGACCCCUUUGGCGCCACGCCUUUCAUCGACCCCGACCUGGACUCACUGGAGGGCUACAUGGAGAAGUGUGUGAUGAACAACUACUUUGGCAUCGGCCUGGAUGCCAAGAUCUCCCUGGAGUUCAACAACAAGCGAGAGGAGCAUCCGGAGAAAUGCAGGAGUCGCACCAAGAACAUGAUGUGGUACGGCGUUCUGGGCACCAAGGAGCUGCUGCAGAGAACCUACAAGAACCUGGAGCAGAAGGUCCAGCUGGAGUGCGACGGCCAGUACAUCCCCCUGCCCAGCCUCCAGGGUAUCGCCGUGUUAAACAUUCCCAGCUACGCCGGCGGGACCAACUUCUGGGGCGGCACCAAGGAGGAUGAUAUCUUCUGUGCCCCUUCGUUUGACGAUAAGAUCUUGGAGGUGGUGGCUGUGUUCGGGAGCAUGCAGAUGGCGGUGUCCAGAGUCAUCAAACUGCAACACCACCGCAUAGCACAGUGUCGCACGGUGAAGAUCACCAUCCUGGGCGAUGAGGGGGUUCCCAUUCAGGUGGAUGGAGAAGCCUGGAUCCAGCCUCCUGGAGUCAUCAAGAUCCAGCACAAGAACAGAGCCCAGAUGCUCACCAGAGACCGGGCGUUUGAGAACACGCUGAAGUCGUGGGAGGACAAGUGUAAGUAUGACAAGCCUCCUCUGCGGCCCCACCUCUACCCCCAGCAGUCUGUGGAUCUGGCCACCGAGGAGGAGGCGACCCUGGUGCAGAUGUGUGCCCGAGCUGCAGAGGAGCUCAUCACUAGGAUCUGUGAGGCAGCGAAGACCAACGGGCUGCUGGAGCAGGAGCUGGCUCAUGCUGUCAACGCCGCGUCUCACGCCAUCAACAAAACACACCCCAAGUUUCCUGAGAGUCUGACGAGGAACACCGCUAUAGAAGUGGCCAGCACUGUCAAGGCUCUCCACAACGAGACCGAAUCUCUCCUCGUGGGCCGAGUCUCCCUGCAACUGGACCCACCAGAGGAGGAGCAGCUCUCCAGCGCUUUGCAGAGUGUGGAAGUGGAACUGGGCAAACUGGGAGAGAUCCCCUGGCUCUACCAUAUACUGCAGCCGAAUGAUGAGGAGGACCACUCUCUGGAUUACGGCAAGAGGAACAGUCGCAGCAGCAUGUUCCGCAUAGUGCCCAAGUUCAAGAAGGAGAAGGCCACCAAGAAGACGAGCCCUCAGUCAGUGGAGAGGUGGGGCACAGAGGAGGUAGGGAUCUGGCUGGAACAGCUGAGCCUGGGGGAGUACAGGGACACCUUCACCCGCCACGACAUCCGAGGGUCCGAGCUGCUGCACCUGGAGAGGAGGGACCUGAAGGAUCUGGGGAUAUCGAAAGUGGGUCAUAUGAAGAGAAUUCUCCAGGGAACUAAGGACCUGGCCAAGGCCACCAUGGUUGACCUCUAAACGGGAAGCAAAAGCUACCGCAAAUGGGAAACAAAUGUUCCCCUUACUACAGUGGAAGAAGGAGCACCAUCAGCAGGGAGGGAAGAGAUUGGUGUUGAAGGAUGAGAGGAUUUUACCCCUCUGUCUGUUGAGAAAGCCUUUGAGAUGUUGUGACAGAGAUGUGUCAGGAUGUUUGUCUGUGCUUUGGUGCCAAAAUGACAGCUGAGAGGGUUGAUGGAAGUGCAAAAGGAAGUCAUGGAUCUUCACAAAAAGCCAUUUCUAACUUAAUUUCCAUUCACAGCACACAAUCAGGUAUGCAACUUACCAUAUUGUUGACAGUUGACUUGUUGUCUGGCUUAAGGAGACAAAGUCAGAGUAGCAAAACCAGGACUUCCACGAGUGUUCCCUGUGGGACUUAGUGUAUAAUCCAGUUCAGUACAGUAGCGUGUGGAUUUGUGAUGCUUACUGGAUCUCUUCCUCACAUUAGAGGGCCGCAGAUGCAUUUAGCAGCCUUUGGGUUUCAGUCGCACUGCUGUCCAAUAAGGAGAGCUGUAACAUCUAAGUCAAGGUGGUAACCUGAAAGGUGCGGCCUCUGAAAAGAGUGAGAUGCUGUUGCAUGCUAUGCUCGCUCAACUUUAGAUAUGUUUAAUUGCAUGAUUAGUGUCUUGUUUUUUUUUGUUUUGUUUUGUUUUUUUUUGUGUACAAAAAUAACACUUGAACAAGUUUUAUAUGACUUAAGUAUUAUGAUGCCAUUUGUUACUACUGAAAGCAUCCUUUUUGGUCUGAAUCAAGCUUUUUUCUAGCUUUUAUUUAUUUUGUUUGCAUGAUAAUGUGUCAAAGACCUGUGUCAAGUGCCAUAAUUUUCAUAGUAAUUUAGUGUAAACUGUGCUUUAUCAGUAAACAUCAUAGGAACUUUAAAAAGAAUUGAUGAGGUAUGACUAUUAGAAAUUAAUAUCUGUUAAGUUGACACAUUUUCUGUUGAUGUGAAAAUAAGUACCAAAGUGAAUGUCCAGGAAACUUCCAAACCUAACGAUCUGAAGACUUUGUGCAGAAAGCAACUCUUUAUUAAGUAGACAUAAUACAUUUACUCCGUGAGGCUGGUAGGUCUUAUGAAUUAUAAUGAGUAUAGAGGGAGGGACAUUAGUGUUGGUCAAGAAGGAAGAAAAUCCGUUGGUCUGCAGCCAACCACAUAUGCUGUAGUUUUUUUUUAAGGAAUACUUUAAAGGCACUUUUUACGUCUUGCUUUAUGCAAGUGUAAACCCUCAUAUCAUUACAUAGGAGUAACAGUUCACCUCAAAUUUUUUGACUUUUAGCAAUGUAAAAUUCAGUAUUUCACACAAUAACACUAUUUUAAUGGGAUUAGGAAUAAGACGCUUGUUUUGAAUAUACAAUAGAGCAGUUGAUCUGCACCCUGCAUAAGACUUGCUCAAGAGCAGCUUUUUUUCUCAAAUUACAAGCAAGAUGUUGAUAGAGGACUACUUUUCAUCUUAGUUUCUAUAAGAUUGGUGGCAUUACAGGGUAUAUUUGUAUAUGUGAUGCUAAGGUUGUAUAUAGAUAUAUAUAUAUACACUGUAUAUACAGUAUGCCAGUGUAUGCAAACAAUGUUUGUAAGUGUUGUAGUCUAAUGCCUUUGUAGAUUGCUGACAUGGUAUGCAUUGUCAACAGCUUACACAUUUGAUGUAUAUUGCACCAUGACACCAAUUGUGGAUUAUUGAUUUUGUUCCAAUCCCUUGUACAUGAUAAUACUGUUGUAUUCUAAUGACGGUGCAAUAUUUUAUCUCUUGUUUUGAUACAGUCUCUGCGCCCUGCAGCUUUCUGACGUGGUGUUUCUCAGUGGGGGAAAAAACAAACGAAAAGAGUUUUUUGUACAUGUACUCCUCCUCAAGGUUUGAGGAUUAUAUUUAACUCCUAGACUGCUUUUUCUUACUGACUCCUAAAUUCUUCCAGCAGUUCACUAGUUUGUAGUCUCGUUCCUCUGUGCUUCCAAGAUUAUUCUCUUGAGUAGGACUGUGUCGAUGAAUGACUAGAAUGGGCAGACAUGACUGUUGUGCUAUGAUGUGUAAUGUAUCAUAAUGUAUUUCUGUGUGUGUGUGUGUGUAUGUGUGUGUUUGGGAGUGUGUGUGGGUGUGCUUGCAUACAUAUGUGUGUGCACUUCAACAGUGGCAUACUGUACCUAUCAGCAAUUGUAUGCUUACCAUUGCCAACUAAUUUUAUCAAGGGAUUUCAACUCCAGUAACUGAAAUUGAAAAUGAUCACAUAGGUUUUGCUCCCCUUCCAGAAUAGGUUCUUGUUCGUAUGAUCGUCUUAAUUCUGGUUCAUUUUACAGUUUGUCGUCUCAGAAUGAUACAACAGUGUUUCCCAAUAGAGUGAUAAGAAUACAAAUUAGUUUAAUUUAUUAGUUAAAAGGUAGCACAGUACAUUACUUGUAACCCCAUGUCCUUUAUCAGAAUAAUUGUAUCAGAAUCUGAGUGACUCGUGGACUGGAUUGUGAGUUGAGAGCAGUCAAGUGUUGGUCUUAAUGUGCCACCAGAGGGCGCCAUAUCACAUUGCUCAUCUCCACAAUCUCUGAGCGACAUCAUGUAAAGGCAUGGAUUUAACAUUGCUUAUGCUGACAAUCAGUUGUGUCAGACUACUGUAUUCAGUAUAUUGUUGCACAGUGGCAUGUUGAAAUCUAUACGCCUUUAUAUCCAUUGCAAUCUUUAAGGACAAGCUAUGCUUUUAGAAUGCAUGCUCUAAUGUUCAUGCCCCUCAUAACCAAAGAUAGGUAUUACUUACUACACAUCACUGAUUUACUGAGUAGAGCUGUUACCAACAUUAGAGAUCUGUGCCCAUUCAAUGGCAAAUCUGCCUGGCUAAAGAUCAUUGAAGUGGCUUUUAUCAAAUCCUAGUCUCAUGGACAGAACUAUGCCUUGUAGUCAUUUAGUAGAUCCAUCCAGAUGUGUGAUUUACCAGUGGAUGACACAGGAGGUCCAUGCCUGGCCAAAUUCUAUUAAAAUGUCUGGAUUAAAGUGCACAUUGGUCCAGAUGUAGGGUUUGACUAAGCUUGCUGAGGCCUUCUUGUUAGUAUGUGCUUUAAGCAGUAGUAGAUCUACUGCAUGCUGCCUUGUACCUGCAGUGCUCAUCAGAUUUGGCUUCGCUUCCAUUUCAGCCCCUUUCCAGUCACUGAACUGAAUUCAGUUCCUGUUUGAUACCGCUCCAGUUCCUGGGCUGUGUGUGUCUAUGGUCAUGGUAUCUGUAUGUCCAAAGUGUCUGCCAGGUUCUAUAAAUCUGAAGUGUCAACUCCAGGCAAGAGAAUGCUUGACUUUUCCAUACCAAAUGGAAGCUGCCAACUUUCUCCCUUGCUGAGUUUUCCCGUGGUCUGUAAAUAAUGCUGCAAACUGCCUGGUUUUCAAAAACCAACAAAACCCACGCAAGGAUCUCUUAGGACAGGAUAACAUAUAGUCUUUGACAUGGUUCCUAUACACAAUGGGAGAGAAGUGAGUUUCAUUUGUUUACAUUAUGUUUACAAUGGCACAGUUUUAAUUUUUAAGAAUAUAUAGGUAUAAAACAAUAUUUGCAUAUUUAUUGCCUAAGGUUUAAUGAUGUGUAUUGUGUUUUCACAUUUGGAAUAUAAUGUUACAGUUGUCACCUGUAUUACUAUCUGGAUGAUUUUGGUAAAGUAGUUGGUAAUUUUUAUGACUACUAAGUGACUGUUUUCUGUGCCUUUUUAUGGUUAGAAUGCAUGGUUAACUAUUUAUUACAAUUUGGAGUCACUGAGAUGUGUAUUUUUGUAUUCUGAAUAAAUAAAUGGUUCAGCUUUUGUUGUACAUUUUUGAGGUGCCUUGAAAAGGCCACCUAUUCAUAUCUUCCUUCUUCAAUAAAACUAAAUGCAUAUACAA